AAUCUGACGUUUGAUUAGCAUUUCGUAAAAGUUGUCAAAGUAAAUUUGCAAUCAAAUAAAAACAAAGAGUACAUUGGAAUUUGGAUACUCUCAAUAUUCCUGGCUUAUUUCGAUAGAUCUUGUAAAAUGUUAAAAUUCAGUGUGGUGCUAUUUUUUCAAUUGACUUUGCUUCAUGCUAAUUUAAGCUACGAUCUUCCACAACUUACAUCAGUGGAGUUUGCAGGACAAGGUUAUUUAUAUCCUUACCCAGAGGAGUGUUUUGAGAUAUUAAAAGCAUUUGCUGAUUCAGCAUCAAAUUUCACUUUGUGUUCAAUCAUAAAUGCACGGCCUAUUAGAUUAUGUGAAAACUGUGUAAAGCACUAUGUCAAGUUUCAUGAUAAGUAUAAAGAAUUGUUAAAUACCGCAGUGAAUGGAACUUCCUGUGGUUCAAUUUUUAUGUCCCAGGAUAGAUUGAAUGUAAUACAGCGACACCAUGAUGGUAUGUUAGGCAUUUGGGAUAAAGGGAAUUGUAAUGAUUGCUUCAUAUGGUCUAAUGAAACUGCAACACUAAAAAAUAGUACAACAAAAUUUUAUGAGAAGUUUAAUGACACAAUGCAAUGUAUUGUUUCAAAUAUAAACACAGAUGAAAAAAUUGUAUGCGAGAAAUGCAUGCAAAAAUAUGUUGAAUUGGAUGAGUUUUAUAAAACUUUAAGUAAAGAUAAAAUAGGAGUGGAUAGUGUCUGCAUGGAUAUUGUGGAUUCUAUGAAUAGAACAAGAUCUAUUUGGAGCAAGACAUUGAGUUGUUGCAAUUUACGCCGGACCCCUGAAGUUGUAUUUCUGUGCUGCACUGGGAUUAUAUCGUUCCUUCCCAUUUUGUUCUACAUAGCACUGAGAUAUUGCGCACCAAUCAAAGAUUUGCCCAAUGUUUUAAAGCAGUCAAGAUUUAAGCAGUCACUUAUGAGGUCUAUCGAUAGCCGCAGAAGCAGCUGACAAUUCAAUAUAAAUUAAAAUACCAAAGACAAUCAUUUAUAAAUUGUAACAUUUAUUUUCAUUAAGUAUUUCAUAUAAUUACUUCAUAGAGAUCAUUAAAUGGUUAGAGAUAAUUGUUAAGAAUAAAGAUAUUCUAUCGA